AUGCCGCCCUUGAUGUACACCAUGUUCUUGGUGACCAUCUCUUAUGGGAAAGCUUCUUCUCCACACUUGUUAUGCCAUCAUCGCUAUUACUCUAUGUUUUGCAUAGGUUACUUGUCAGCUUUGGUUGCAUUACACGCCUGCAGGUCUGUUCUUGAGCUGCUGAGCCCCUUCUGGGAGAGUGCGAAGGCUCUGGCCAUCAAACAGACUCUUGGAGUUGCUUCAAGGUACUACAUUCAAAGCCACAUUUUUGCCGCUGUACUCUUCGCGUCUAGAGUCUAUAUGAAGUGUCCAUUUUACGCAGAUUGUGUGGCAAGUUUGCCUGAGUGGCCGAGAUCUUUCUGGGCUCAUGCCAACGUGAAAUCAAGUGCUUGUAAGGGUAUCGCCGACAAGAGCAAUGCGGGGAUCCCUUCAGCCAAGAAGGAGGGCCUCAUGGGCCAAGUGGUCGAGAAGGUCAGGCAGGCCUCACUCACAGACCUCUUCGGCAGCUUGCAGGCCUUGGCUGCGCACAAAGAUGCCAGGGAGCCAGCCAGCUGUGAGAAGCUCGCGCUGCUCAUGCUCAAAGCCACCCUCAUUGGCAUGGACCCGAAGGACGAGGUCUUGAAGCUGCUGGGAGGCACCGUAAGUGCCUUGAAAGUCGACAUCGACAUCGAGAGUUUCCUUGCCGCCCUCACAAUGGAAGAGCUCCAGCAGGUCCUCCAGCCGCGUGCGGCCAUCCAGAGCAUAGCAAAGAACAACGCCGAGCUUGCCCUGGCCAUGGCCCUCUCAAGCAAGGAUCUUGCGGAGGUCUUGCCAGGCAUAACCCUGAGCUCGAAGCAGGUGAUCUCUUUGCUCAAAGUGCUCAGAGCUCAUGACCAGCUCUCAUGCUGGUCAUCGCCGGAAGCUGCGCUGGGCGAGCUGAGGGAGUUGCUUGCGGAUCCCUACAGGCUGCUACUCUCUCUUGCUGGUCAUGUCUCAGCUCAGCAGGUUGCUCUUCAGUCCUUGGAGUCCCUCUUGGAGCCCCUCUGGCUUCCUGCCAAAGAGCUGCUGCUUGCGCAGCUCGCGACCGAGGCCCGUGCGGGCCUUGGGGCGGAUGCUUUGGAGGAGCUCCGCACGCUGCUGGAAAAGUGCAGCCCACGAGGCCUGCUGCUGUUCAUACGAGAGCUGACGUGGGCAUCUCCGCCUCCUGGAUGUUCCAAUGGUUCCCAGGGCUCAGCGCAAGCGCACCUGGAUGGACUGCAGCUUCUCCUGCUGAAGGUGGCAGUCUUGGGGAACGCGCAAGCCCUGGACGAGCGCUUGGGUUGUCGGGGUAGCGCCUGCGUGGAGUGCCUUCUGUUGCAGGCCACUGUGGAGGACCUGAUGCAAGCUUGCAGGGACUUCGACACGGACCCAGACGAGGCCUUUGCACGCUUCUCUGACGCCCACGCAGAGGUGGCGAUCGCCUUGGCCAGCUCUGAGGUUGAGGCACCGCUGGAUACAAUGAGAUCACUGAGCCCACGUGAGAUGGUCGGCAUCGCCAAGCUUCUCGUUUCCAGCCAGGUCCUUCCCUUCAAUGCUGAUACAUCUGACACCUUCUCCGCGAAGCUGUCGGACAAGCUCAAGGAUCCCACUUCGCUGAUCGUGCCCUUGCUCGCAGAGAUUGAGGUCCGGCAGUUGCCGCUCCUGGAACCACUGUGGGCCACCGCCAGAGACAGCGUCUCAGCCGAGUUGAAGCGGAGGCCGGAUUAUGGCAGCAGCAGCCUGUCGGCAAAGCUGGUGGAGACGCUGGAGGCCAACACGCUACAGGCACUCUGGCCUCACGUGCAGCACGCUGCUGAAGAUCCCAUAGGUGACGCCAAGGAGCUGAUCCUGAGAUCCGGGCUCUUUUGCCUAGAGCACCUGUUGGAGGAGCGGCUUGGGGCUAUCCUGCCGCAGGGCCCCUUCGACAUGAAGGCGAUCUUGACCAGAAGUGCGUGGAAGGCCUUGGAUGUCCUGUCGGAAAUAUGGCAAGAUCCUGAGAAAGCACCAGAGCUGCUUGAGCAGAAGGCUGCUCAGGGUGAUCUCGUUGAUGCCCGGGACUGCGCAGAGGAGCUCGAGGCUCUGGGUAUGGCCCCAAAGGCACAGGCCGACUUGCUCAGACUCCUGGACUUGGCGGCGUCCAAAAAGCUGAUCUCUCUGCCAAGGCACUCCCUGUUCAGGGACAAGCGGCCCUUGCUCGCGAAGCCACAGGACAGGUUGCCAAGGCUCCUGGAGGACGUGGAUUCCAAGCAUGUGUCACUGAUCCAACCAGUUUGGACUGCUCUCCUUGAAACCUUGGACGUCGACCCUGCGAUCCUCAUGUGGCUGCGCCGGCGCUCGCUGGACAGUAUGCUGCCCUUCCUCCAGCACGUGCAGAAGUCCUCGGAGUUCCGGCAGGCAAGUGCUGCGCGGGAGCUGGUGUUGAAAGCCGCUUUGCUGUGCUUGGAGAAGGACGGAGCUUUCGCCAGCUUCAUGCGAUGUCUGGGCACAGAGCUACGUUUGCAGCCAAUUCUACUAGGUAUCUCCGCCCAAGAAGUCUGCAGUUGCGCAGAGGGCAUCUUCCUCUCACCUGCUUCCUCUCUGCGGCAAGCGCGCGCGAAGUUGCAUGAAGGUCUGAAAUCAAGGUACGCUGCCGACCUGGACGGGGACUACCUGGACAUGGCAGCGCAGGUCUUGGAUGAAAUUGGCGGCGCCCGCGUGCUGCGUGAGAUUGCUGCGGAGCGCGGCAAGGUGCCGAGAGCAGAGGGUUAUGAGAUUUUGGUGGUCUUCCUUCAGAUGCUGGUGCGGCUGCCCGCCCACAUGCAGGGUCUGGAGCCCCUGUGGAACGUUGCUCGCUGGGAAGCCGGCAGCGAGGCUGGCCGGAGCCUGGACGUCUUGUACAUGAAGGAGCUGUCCCAGCUGAGCCUGGCCGAAGUCGGUCCUCUUCUCCGUUCCUUCUUCCACGCGAAGCCAAGGGCUCUGACCUCCCUGACGUGCUCAGGGCCCGAAGGGCCCGACAAGGAGCAGAGGGACCGAGCCCUCGAGCCGCUCUGCGCCUGCCUGCUGGUCUCCUGCCGCGAGUCCAUCCAGAGGGCGGCCCGGCAGUACGGCUUUGAAGCCACCCUGGACUUGCAGGCCAUGGCCACGACCGCCAGCCCAGACGAAUUGCUGAAAUUCUUCCAGGUUUCGCCGGAGGAGGUCUUCAAGCAACUUGAGCAAAAAAGGACGGCGCUGCAGCAGACUCUGGAGCGAGUGCACUUGGACUUCAAUGACCUCUUGGUGUUGCUCCUCCACGUCGAGUCCGAUGCCAAGACCCUACCCGACAAGGUGUCUGCAUGGGCUUCGGAUGGCGAAGCUUCAGAAGCUUCCCAGAUGUCUGUAUGGGCUUCGGAUGGCGAUGGCCUGGUAAAGGAGCUACAGGCGCGUGCAGACCUGAGGCUGCUCUUGGCCUUGCGAAAGAAGAUGUCGUUCUUGGGCAUUGCUUGGGAGGACAUGCGCGCAGUGAUCGGAGCUCUGGGCAAGCAGGUCGUGGAGCAUGCCCUGGAAGACAGCUCCCUUUGGCUGCGGCUGCUGAGUGGUGUUCAAGGGAGGAAAGCCUGCAAAGCUGCAAAGCUGCUGGCCCUUGCAAGGCAACGCCGUGCCUUGCAGCCGGCCUUAGCCGCGGAGCCCAGACUUAGCUGGGCAUCCUUCCGCGACCACCUGGCUUCACGUCAGGACCUGUCACCCGAGUCUCUACAGCAUGGCCGUGGUCUUGAGCUUCUGACGCGCUGGCGGGAAAUAUCACCUCGGAGCAAGAUGAACUCGGAGCAAGACACUCUCCGCACGCUCGCCCCUUCUACCGAUCUUCUACCCGGUUGA